GAGACAGCGUUCGAUGAAGAGUCGUCUGCUAGUUUUAUAAACAGCCUGAAAAGGCUGCACCACAAACCUGCUUGUAAGAGUGAAUUUUUGUCAAGACGGAACUAUUAUAUAGGAUGACUUGGACCAGUGAACGUGGGUAGAUUUUGUGAUCAAAAGAUUUCAACCAUAUCCGUCCUUGUAUUAUAAAAGUUUGUAAUUGUGUAAUCGGAGGUCUAUCGAGUUUACUCAUUCAUAAAAACGACCAAUGUGGGUGCGUAAAUCAUAUAUGUAAAUUAAGUGAAAAGAACCACAUAGGAUAUUGUCGUGUGUAUAAUUUACUAUAUAAACACUGAUUUUAAUGCAGGCUUCAAUAAGUCAAGAGAGGAGUUCGAGAGAAGUUCAAUAUUAGUCGAAGGGAAACGUCGGUUUUAUGAAACGUAGAUUUUACUAAUACACUGCAGACAUAACACGGUUUCGAUCAUCAAAGGGAACUUAUAGUAUACUAGUACGGUAGUAAAUAAUAAACUAUAACUAUCAGCAAUUUGGCUUAUAUUUAGUUGUACGUAAAGCGGUAGAAGCGUUAACGCGUGAAGUGGUUCUUCGAAACGUUUAUUGCCCAUCGUCAAUAAACGCUGAAAACUAACGUGUUUAGCAACGUUAACAUUAUAUCUUUAGCUUAGAAGCGUUCGAACGUAACGUAUUGUUCAAAAACGUUAAAACUCUAUUUUAUAUUAAGGAACGAUAAACAAUUGGACACGUUAAUCCGAAAAACGAAGAAAUUUUGUGAUACAAUUAAAUCUAGUCUUAGCAUUAGGCCUAUUAUUAAUUAUUUUACGGGUAAUAAUAACAUCUUAGUUUACAUGCAAUAUACCACAGUCGAACAGCGUAUAUAUAACAGUAGAAAGUACACAUUGUACUUACUUACAAGAUUGUUGAUAUCAUAAAAGGCACAGUGUAACAGAGUCUUGGUACCGUAACUCAGCGUUAGACGUCGUAAAUUGAGGAAGUCGGCAACACUUAACCAACAUUUCCAUACUAAACUGUUCAAUAUGGUGCCGCAUAUAAAUCGCGUAUUCUUGCUAUUUAUCAGCUUUUUCUGUGAUUUUGAUAUUUCUGGACAUACUGGAAUAUUUACAACUGCUCAACUCGUGCAGCAUAGAACUUCAAAUGAUAUAUAUAUGGAUCCAUGCAAAGCACCUGCAUUUUGGGGUGAUAUAGCUUUAUCUGAUGAAGAUGCUAAACGUGAACAAAAAUACUUGCAACAAUUAAACAAUACAUUAUUCGAACUUCAAGUAGAGGACCCGAGGCAUUAUACAUACACGCAAACUGAAAAUGAUAAAAAUGACAAGGGAAAAUCGAAACCGAAGGAAAAAGAACCAUUGAUGAAGAUAAAACAAAUGGAUGAAAGUGUGGUCAAAGAGAAACGUUAUCUUAGAAAAGUUUUAAAGGAGAAAGUUCAAAUAUUGAAAGGAAUGUGCAAGAUGGGAAGAAAAUGUAGAUUGGAGAGAAGAAGAUCAAAAGAUGAAAUUAAAAGUUUGCGUCAGAAAUGGCGGAAAGUGCGACAAACAAUUCGUAAACAAAGAGAACAUAAUCAACGUGUGGCAGAAAUGUUAAAAAAACAGAAAGAAAAAAACAGACGACGAUCUCCGAAAACAACCGAUUAUCCUAGUUACGAUAAGAAAAUAUCAAACAAGAUGAAAAGAACAAAGAGAGCUGCAACUGCUCGACCCGAGAGACUCUGGGAUUAUGCUGUUAUACCGUACGAAAUAGAAACAAACUUUACUGGUCCUCAUAAAGCAUUAUUUAAAUUAGCCAUGAGACAUUGGGAGAAUCAUACAUGUGUUACAUUCAUUGAGAAGAAACCAGAGGAUCAAAAUUAUAUCGUAUUUACUGAAAGGCCUUGUGGAUGUUGCUCGUUUGUUGGUAAACGAGGUAAUGGUGCUCAAGCUAUAUCUAUUGGUAAAAAUUGUGAUAAAUUUGGUAUUGUUGUUCAUGAACUUGGCCAUGUGAUCGGUUUCUGGCAUGAACAUACCCGAACAGAUCGUGAUGAGAAUGUGCAAAUUGUUUAUAAAAAUAUCAUGCCAGGACAAGAGUAUAAUUUUAACAAGUUGAAUCCGAUGGAAGUGAACUCACUUGGAGAAGAAUAUGAUUACGGCAGCAUUAUGCACUAUGCUAGAAACACCUUUGCUAGAAAUACAUUUUUAGAUACAAUUCUACCAAAACGCAAAACUGGGAUGCUGGUCCGUCCGGAUAUUGGUCAAAGAAUCCAACUGAGUCCAGGAGAUAUACGUCAGGCUAAAAAAUUAUAUAGAUGUCCAACUUGUGGAAGAACUUUACAAGAAUCAUCAGGAACAUUUCUUCACAAUCCGAAAUCUGGAUUAGGUGAAGUUUGUCAGUGGAGAAUAUCAGCCACCCAUGGAGAAAAGAUUGUGUUGAAUAUCUCGAAGUUAGAACUACCUGUAUCCUAUAAUUGUCAAACAGAUUAUCUUGAAGUUCGAGAUGGUUAUUACAUUAAGUCGCCAUUACUAGGUCGUUUCUGUGGUGAUAAACUACCUGAAACCAUGGUUUCGACAGAUACCAGGAUGUGGAUUGAAUAUAGAACUAAUCAUGGCUAUGGCAAGGGAUUCGUAGCAGAAUAUGAAGCCAUAUGCGGUGGAGAGAUUCUUAAAGACUCAGGACAUCUGACCUCACCAAAUUAUCCAGAUGAAUACAGACCAAAUAAGGAGUGUGAAUGGAAAAUAAUUGUCGCCGAGAAAUAUUCUGUAGCUCUCAAGUUUCAGUCAUUUGAGAUAGAGAAUCAUGACAACUGUGUCUAUGAUUAUUUAGAAGUGAGAGAUGGACACGAAGAAACCUCACCUCUCAUUGGUAAAUACUGUGGCUACAAGAUACCUGAUGACAUCAAAUCAACGGGAAAUAAACUUUACGUUAAAUUUGUAUCAGAUGGAUCCGUACAGAAGGCUGGUUUUGCUGCAUCCUUUGUAAAAGAAUAUGAUGAAUGUAAGACAGAACUACAUGGUUGUGAUCAUGUGUGUGAGAAUACCCUUGGUAGUUUUAAAUGUACUUGUAGAAUCGGUUACGAACUUCACUCAGACGGCAAACGAUGUGAAGAUGCUUGUGGUGGUUAUAUUAGAGCUCAGAAUGGAACGUUACAGAGUCCAUCAUUCCCCGAUUUAUAUCCACCGAAUAAAAACUGUGUCUGGCAGAUAGUAGCACAGGAUCAGUACAGAAUUAUACUCAAUUUUACACACUUUGAUCUCGAAGGCAGCAACCAAGAUUGUGAAUAUGAUUCUGUCCGAGUGAGUAGUGGAACUGGGAAAGAUUCUACAGCUCAUGGUGUCUUCUGUGGAUCAUCUCUUCCCACAUCUGUAACAUCAGAAGGAAAUGUUCUACGUCUCGAGUUUAAUUCUGAUAAUUCCGUUCAAAAAACAGGAUUUAAAUCAUUGUUUAUGACAGAUAAAGAUGAAUGUGCAGAAGAUAAUGGAGGAUGUCAACACAUCUGUAAUAAUAAUGUAGGCAGUUUUACGUGUGCCUGUGAUAAUGGUUACACUUUACAUGAAAACAAGCUCGACUGCAAGGAAGGUGGAUGUCAGCAUGAGAUUACUGUGCCGUCUGGAGAGAUCAGUAGCCCUAACUGGCCCCAAUUUUACCCAAGUCGUAAAGACUGUGUGUGGCACUUCACCACGAAACCUGGUCACAGAAUAAAAUUGGAAUUUAACGAUUUUGAACUGGAACCACAUCAAGAAUGUACCUAUGAUCAUAUUAUUGUAUUUGACGGAGAUGAUAACACCGCUCGGUCCUUGGGUAGGUUCUGUGGUAGUAGUACUCCUGCUCCUAUUAUUUCCAGUGGUAACAGAAUGUAUAUGGUCUUCUACUCUGAUGCGUCUGUUCAGAGAAAAGGCUUUCACGCUACACAUGAAUCAGUUUGUGGAAGUCAUUUAAUAGCAACGGAUAAACCCCAGGAUUUGUUUUCACACGCUAAAUAUGGAGACCAGAAUUAUGACAAUCGGGCGGAAUGUGAGUGGAAGAUUGAAGCUAAGGAAGGGUUCAGGAUACAACUCAGAUUUUUAUCUUUUGAAAUAGAAGAUGAAAUAGAUUGCUCAUAUGAUGUAGUAGAGAUUCGAGAUGGAAUAAAAGAUGACAGUACAGUACUUGGACGUUAUUGUGGUAGUUCGGAACCAAAAGAAAUAAUUUCAUCAACAGAAUAUUUGAUGAUUCGAUUCAAAUCUGAUGAUACAAUAAACUGGAAGGGCUUCCAAGCUGCAUAUAGCCUUGCUGAUCCACAACAUAUAGAUUACGAUUUAAAAGAACUGGAUACAGAGUUCAAUUAAUCUACCAAUUAAAGUGCUUGUCAAACGGAUUGGACCAAUGAAAUGGAUCCAUGUAAUUAAAGAAACCAAUAAAAAUGUCCCAUCUUAAUUCUGAUGCAUGUCAAGAGAAAAAACAAAUCUGUCACAAUUAAUUUGAUUGGUGGGUGAUAAUUAUGUUUAUCCAAUGAAAAGACCAAAGUGCUUCAAAUCUUUUAACAGAUGUAUAAAAUUCAAAUAUCUGACCAAUCACUGGUGGAUUUACAUGUGUAGCCUACAGGAAGUGCGUGUUUCGACCAAUCAGUGUGGUUGUUAUAUUGGGAGGAGAGUUAUGUAUUAUAUAUAUAUUUAUGUUUUGUAAAUAUUGUAGUUAUAGUCUGUUGUUACAAUGUAACAUUAUUUAUACUGUGUUUUUCUCGGCAGCUGAUGAUCUUUUUUAAUCAGUUGUUAUAAUAUUAUCAUCCUAUUUAUGGGGAUGCUCGAUUGUUAGUCGGGAGCGUUCUGAAUUAACAGAAUUGCAAUGGAGCGAUAUGAAAUUCCGUUCUGUCAGUCCUGAUAACCAAGUUAAUGCACUUGGAAUCAUGACAUGGUUAAGUGAAUUAUUUGUAAUAUUACCAUCCUAUUUAUGAGGAUGCUUGAUUGUUAAUCAGGAGCAUUCUCAAUUGACAGGAUAGAAAUGGAGCGAUAUGAAAUUCCGUUCAAUCUGUCCUGAUAACCAAGUUAAUGCACGUGGAAUCAUGACAUAGUUAAGUGAAUUUCUGAAUUGACAGAAUUGCAAUGAAGCGAUAUGAAACUCAGUUCUAUCAGUCUUGAUGACCAAGUUAAUUUGAAUAGAAUCAUGACAUAAUUAUUAAGCACAGCGAAUUCACAAUAAAUUUGGUAGUUUCACUGUUCCUAUGACCAAAGAAGAAUUGGGAUAUAAUAAUACACAGCUUGAUAUCUCAGACUGAUUGAGAUAUGUUAUUUUUCAGUUGGCAUAUGCAUUGUAGACCAAAAGGUCGACAAUUGCGAUGGAGCAAUAUGACAUAUGGUAGUUGUACUAGUUUCAUUGAUAUAUCAAUUGUUACAUCAGUUCCGAUAACUGAGAUAGAAUUGUGACAGCGAAUAUGUUUAAGCUUUCAUGAUUAAGAUAUGUUCUUAAAUUCAUCAGUCAGCGUAUGCAUUGUAGCCCCUUAUAUCACUCGAUAAUCACUAUUCAUGGGAUUGAUAGACUCGUUAACGGAAUAUCCAAUCGCGUAUCCUCCAUAUUUCAUCAUUCAUAGGCCUAAAUUGUCCAUAGGCAAUUCAGGCCUAUGGUCAUUUAUGUUGCAAUAGACGUUAAAGAGACUUUAGGCCUUUUUUGUUAGCAUUUAGUAUAUAGAGGGAAUUUUAGACACACAUAUUUAGAUUCAUGUAGCGGGAAUUUUAGGUCUGUUUAGAUUUGUCAUUAAUGUACAAGUCUAGAUUUAAAGAUAUGUACACGAUUUAAAUUAGGUCAUCUUUUUAAUACGUUUCUGGGUAGUUUGUAUAUGGUUGUAUUCAGAAUUUAAAAUAUUGAAGUAAUAUAUUUUAAAUGUUUUAGAAAGUAACGUUUUUAAGAAUAAUGGCAAAUUAUAUAACCCACGUUGUGUUGAGGUGCUAUAUGGACCUUUAGGUUAGUGAACACUCUGCCAUUUUACAUUUUUAUUUAUCUUAAUUUUAGGAGAGACAGUGAAAUGGGGUUUAACGUCCACUAGGUCAUUUGGGGACUAACAUAUGAUCCAAUUUUAUUUCAAUAAUUCGCUUGCGCAUGGAAGGAAACCGGAGGACCCAGAGCAAACCCACGAGGUUGGACAGGCAACCCUGCUCCUUGUCACGUACAAAUGGGGAAUCGAAACCACGCCAUGUGACUCAAUGACAGAUCUUAUUUCACGUGCACAUGUUAAACCCCUAGUCCACCCAACCCCCACUUUUUUUUUUAGGAAAUCAAGUAUUUUAGUUUCUAAUUCUUUUUUUUUUAUUACAAAUUGAUGUCCAUUGGGCUGAAUUUAAUAUUUUAGUUGAAUAAUUCAAAUAAAGUUUUAAAAAUUUAUAAAUAACUAAAAAAACCUGUUUCAAAAUUCAAUGUCUUUAGUUGAAUAGUUACAAUAAUGUUUAUUUUAAAAUAUUUAUAUGUUAACAACUUUUAUUCAAUUAAGACUUUUGAUCAUGAUUAGGUUUCAAAUUAAAGAAAAGUGGUUCGACAUUUUAAAAAAUAAUUAAAAUAUCUUAUCUAUACUAUGUUGUUUUUACUCAUUUUUAUUUAAUCAAGAGUUUUUUUCAUGAUUAUAUUUCAAAUUUUUUAAAAAUGUGGUUAGACAUUUUAAAAAUAAUUAAAAUAUGUUUAAUAUUAUGUUGUUUUUCUUCUAUAUAGAUUGUACCUUUGUUUGUUAAUAUUUUGAAGUAAAUAACCUGUACAUUGAUGUUCAAGGCCUCACCAAUUUGAUUUUCUGUUCUUUGUGGUCUUGAUAAAUAAAUAGCCACUUAAACAUACAUUAUGCAAGAGCUAAAUCUGCCUAUUGCAUGUCUUUCUUUAGGCAUUAAUUAACUUAACCAAACCCUAAUCAACUCUCGAAGCCAUCGUUAGCCUGCGAUAUUUAGUGAAUUUAAAUACAAUUUGUGAUGGAUAAUUUAACAUAUAAAUGGAUAAUCGAGACAUUGUUUAUUAUCAUAUCACGUUAGUAAUGACGACUGAGGCUAGCCUAAAAUUGAACAGCAUAUUUUGUUUUCAUGAUCUAUUUUGUAACUAUUAUAGCGAGAACUAUCAGCUCUUUAUCUGAUCUUACCUAAUGUCCCUUUAAAUCAUGUGAAAAAUGUAUUUUUAAAAUUUCAAAGCUGAAAAAUUUGGCACUAAAAGCUUUUGAACAGCACAACAGGGGAGUAAUUUUGGUAGAUUUCCUGAAGAAAUAAGGACUAUUUUUACAGGUGUUCCUCAAGAACAGAAAAUCCAAUUGGUUUGGCCUAGUUGUAUUAUAUAUAUAUGAUUGUUUCUAUGGUCCGGACUUUAAUAUGUGUAUUUUACAGUAUUUCGUACAAUAAAAUAUGAAACUGUG